AUGAUUUUUAGUGGGGAUGAGUGCGACCUAUACAUCUACAAUUAUGCUUCAUCGAAGGCAGAAGAAGUAUAUAAAGUAGUUGCAACUGCUGCAUUUUGGCUCAAUGGACGUUCCUAUCUUAUUCGCGAGAUUGCACUUGAUAAAAUGGGCAUAACACAUUUACAUCAGACGUUCCAGAUGGUGAUGGAUCCAUCAUUAUUCACUGAAUUAAAAUCUCUGCAUGAGGAGGAUGAGGGAACAAACGGACCCAAUUACGAAAAGGCACUUUUGUGGCUAAAUGCAAAGGCUUUGACGAAAUAUUCUUUUCCCGAUGAAGAUGAUCCACUUUUUGUUAAAACUUUCCGUGAUCAUUGUGACUCAACUUUGGAAGCUCAGUUGCGAAUGAAGCUUUAUACAUAUUUCCAGUGUCCUAAUUCUUAUCUACUAAUGCUUAAGUAUUACAAGGAACAGUGUAAACAGAUGGUGGAUUUGGAAUAUGAUGUGGAUGGGUUGCUGAAAACUCAUGAUUGCUUUGAUAAGUUGAAUCAAGCAAUACAUUCUGGUUGCGCAGAAAUUGCGGAAAAGGAUUUAUUAGAGUUGAUUGAGAGAAGUCGUGAGGUCCACUAUGAAAGAGCGCCAAUAUUGUUUUAUCCAAAGUGGAGAUCUUGCCUUGCACCAGUUCGUAUUGGCGCUAAAGGAACUGUCGAGCUACCGUACUUUUUUAUUUUACUUUAA